GAAUUUGUUAUUGACUUUUAUGACAAGAUUUCAUAUGCUAAAUACGUUGAUCUGGAAAAUUUUGAAAAUAAUGUGACCAAAUGGGUGAAACUUAUUGAAGAAUCUCAACGCAUUGAUUUCAAUACGAUCAUCGAAUUAAUGAGAAAUCAUCACAAAAGCGAUUCAUGGUUUUCUAGCUUGAUCGGAUUUUUUUAUCAACAUGGUAUUGGAGGAUGUGUAAUUAAUUAA